CGUAUUUUGUUCCGCCCCUAGUGACGAAAACAAACGCGAGGAUAAUAUAAAAUAAUUAAAAGCAAUUUUGCCAAUAAAAUAAGAACAAUUGAGAUCACCGAGUGGAGGACAUCGAGGAGCACAUCGCCAUGCCGUCGAGAACGAGUGGAGCCAGCGCCGCUGGCAAGGAGCUGGCGCAAGAGGCCCGGCAAACGAUCAGCGGCCCGAGGAGCAAGCGCAUUGCCCUGAACAAUCGGCUCAGGAGCCUCGGCGGAGAGAAGCGCCCUGCAGACGCCCAGGCGGGGCGAACGUUCCCGCCAAAAUCCGAGUACGAGAAGUUCUACGAAACCGUGUUCCUGGCCGAGGACGCCCCGGCGGAUGAAGAGGUGACAACGGAACGUCGAAAGGCAGAGCCACGUUUGAAGAGACCGCUGCACAACCUGCUUGGUAACGAAGAAUCGCCGCCGGCAGCUCCGCGAGUGGCAAAGGCUGCCGAAACCUCUGAGCCAGUUGUUAGAACCCAUAUUACCAAAAACUAUAAAAAAGAGAAAUUUAAUGACGUUUACACCAAAACGGAUCGGCACGUGUGGAAAAAGGAUGCCGAAAGAAUGUUAUUGCAAGUUUGGGCGCAGCAUAUCAAGGAGUUCCGCGGCGAGGCCAAGAACAUCCUUAUCUACCGACAGAUGGCCAAGGAGAUGAGCCAGUUCGGGCCGAGUCACACGGAGGUCAAAACCAAGAUGGACAACAUGUCGCGCAAGUAUCGUAUAGAAGCUGAGAGAGUCCGUGAGUCUGGCGUUCCGUCCAAGUGGGAGUACUUUCACAGGCUUCAGGCACUCCUAAUUGGCACUAAAGCCGUGAAUGUCUUUGACGACAUAGUGCCGGAUGAUCCAGAACAAGCGCUGUUCAGCCAUGGCGAAUCUGAAAACGAUGAAAUGGCUUCGAUGAAUAAUGAAUCCAUGGCAGGAGAUGAUCCGGUUGAAACUGAAAUUGAAACGAGGAAGCGAACGCGUUCUCCGUCGCCAAUUGUCCCAGACAUGCCGGACGAGGAGGAGGACGAGCCGAUGGAAGACAGUUCCCCGUCACCCAUCUCAAAAUACCGCAGCAAAACGAAUAUAUCAUUUAGCCAUUCAGAGAGAAUCCUUCAAAUAGAAGAGGAGAAACUUCUUAUCGAGCGAGAAAAGCUGCAGGUGAUGAAAGAAGCUUUGCUAGAGCUAAACUCAUUCCACAAAGAUAUAGUUCAUUUUCUAAGCCUUAAAAAUCCGUCAGAUUAAGUGUUACAAAUAGAGGACGGUUUGCUCUAUCUCAGAAGAAGAUACAGAAGAAAGAUGUUAUGGAAUGUUCUAUGUACUGCAGCUCUAAGUUUAUCCAAAUAAACAUUCAUUUAAGUUACAAUUAA